GACGGACCUCUUUUUCUCUUCUUCUCUCUCUUCCCGUUCGAAUCUGCGGCCCAAAUUUGUAAGCUCCCAACUCCUGGUUGUCAUUUCGUGGAGGUGCCAAUUCAAAUUUGUAAAGGUGGCAGAUGCUGUAUAAUAUUGUGCAGUUGCUCAAAAAUUUGGUUUCUGCCUAGUGCAUCACCUUUAAGUUGAGCAACUCUUUAAUCAGAAUGGGGAACUUGCAUAGGAGUGGAGGCGUAAAGAGGUCAAAUGAUGGUGUGCGUCUCUUUCUAACAACCCUCAUUGGGAUGGUGUUUGGAUAUUGUAUAGGUGUUUCAUUUCCUUCUGUUUCUUUAAGCAAGAUUAAUCUACCUUCAAGUUUAAUAUCAUCUAUUGAUAUGGCUUUUCAUGAUGGCCACCAUACAUCUGAUGAUCGUAGUUUUCCUGAAAACCUUGGUUCAGGGAGUACUCCUUUAACACCCAAGAUAUAUGUUCCUACAAAUCCUCGUGGUGCUGAGUCUUUACCUCCAGGAAUUGUUGUGUCAAAAUCAGAUUUUUAUCUGAGAAGGUUAUGGGGUGAACCUAGUGAGGAUCUGAAAAGGAAGCCGAAGUAUCUAGUAACAUUUACAGUUGGUUGGAAUCAAAAGGACAAUAUUAAUGCUGCGGUUAAAAAGUUCUCUGAGGAUUUUCAGAUAAUGCUUUUUCAUUAUGAUGGCCGGACAACUGAAUGGGAUAUAUUUGAGUGGUCACAGCGUGCCAUUCAUGUCAGUGUUAGAAGACAAACUAAAUGGUGGUAUGCAAAGAGAUUCCUACAUCCAGAUAUUGUGGCUGCUUAUGACUACAUCUUCAUUUGGGAUGAAGAUCUUGGAGUUGAACACUUCGAUGCUGAAAAGUAUGUACAAUUGGUUAAGAAACAUGGACUAGAGAUUUCACAACCAGGUCUUGAACCCAACAAUGGGCUGACAUGGCAAAUGACAAAAAGGCGUGGUGAUAGAGAAGUUCACAAGGAUACAGAGGAAAAACCGGGCUGGUGCAGUGAUCCACAUUUACCUCCUUGUGCAGCUUUUGUGGAAAUUAUGGCUCCAGUGUUUUCUCGAGAUGCUUGGAGAUGUGUUUGGCAUAUGAUUCAGAAUGACUUGGUUCAUGGAUGGGGAUUGGAUUUUGCAUUAAGAAGAUGUGUGGAUCCUGCACAUGAAAAAAUUGGCGUUGUUGACUCCCAGUGGAUUGUCCACCAAGUAAUCCCAUCACUUGGAAGUCAGGGGGAAGCUGAGAAUGGCAAGGCACCUUGGCAAGGGGUACGUGAUAGAUGCAAACAUGAGUGGGCACUUUUCCAGGAUCGUCUUGCGAGUGCUGACAAAGCAUACUUUUCACAGCUUCAGCACCCUUAACUGCGGCCGAAUCUUGAUCAGUCUUGUAUAUUGCUUUGUUUUCUUUUCCGUUUUUUCUUCUCUUUGUCCCAUUUACCUCGAGUGGUGUUUUGUAGCCUGAUUCCUUCCUGUGAGCUGUUGUUAUAUCCUAUCUUCAUGUAGCUUAUCAGUAGCAUUAAAGACAUUGAGAGACUUGGAGAACUCGAGUAUUAUGUGCAGAAAUUUAGAUGAUAGGUUGUGUGAUUUCUGGUCUACACUAAUGAGCAUUACUGAUUAUGAAGCCAGGCGUUUGAAACUUGAGAGUUGAUGCAUCACAUAUUUGCAUGCUUCUUUUCAGGAAAUUGGAGAGAUAGCUCAGUUCUAUGAACUUCUUUACAAUUUGGGACAUCAAAAUCUAACGUCAAAGAACUAGAUUCAUAAAUUUCAUUGAUGGUGAUAUCCUACUCAUUGGGAUGGAUGGACUAUAGACAUAAUUUAC